AUGCGCGACGAUAAGCCCUUAAAGCAAAAAUAUUAUCCCAGGAACCCUGCGAUGCAACAUGUCAUUGAUACCCAAGUAGAUGAACUGCUCCGCGCAGGAGCACACAGCGCACCGAUCAAACUGGCUUACCUCGGUCAUGUGAUCAGCGGCGAAGGGAUUCAGACUGAUCUUGAGAAGGUGUCUGUGAUCAAUGGGGUGAAGAUCCCCACCAACCUGAAGGAACUACGCCAAUGGAUCGGGAUGGCAUCCUGGUACCGGAGAUUCGUCCCGGGCUUCGUGACCAUCGUGCAACCAGUGACCGCAUUGCUGAAGAAAGGCCGGAAGCUGGGAGCGGUGUUAUCUCAGGACGUCGAGGGCCAAGAGAAGGUCAUCGCAUACGCUAGCGGUCGAAUAACUCCUGCGGAGCACAAUUACACGACGACAGAAAAGGAGUGUCUGGCCAUCAUCUGGGCCAUCAGGACGAUGCGAUGUUACCUGGAGGGCUACCGAUUUGAAGUCGUUACCGAUCACUUGGCUCUCAAAUGGUUAAAUUCCAUCGAGAGUCCUUCCGGCCGAAUAGCGCGCUGGGCUCUGGAAUUACAACAGUUCCAAUUCGACGUGCGUUACCGACGAGGGAAGUUGAACGUCGUGGCUGAUACGCUCUCCCGACAGCCCUGUGAGGUACUUCAAGGCGCUAUCGAGCUCAAUGACCACUGCGAAUGGAUCAGGAAGAUGAAAGACAAGGUACGCGACCAGCCUGAGAAGUUCUCUGACUACAUGUUGAAGAACGGUCAGCCGUGGAAACUCUGCGCACCCACUCCCUGCAGAGCCCGCGUCAUAUACGAGUGUCAUGAUUCCCCGACCGCAGGACACUUGGGUGUCCGAAAGACGAUCACCCGCCUAUCGCAAAGAUAUUUCUGGCCCGGCAUGUCCGCUGCCCCGAUCGAAACAAGGGAACUGCUUCUCGUUUUCCAUGACGUGUUCUCCAAAUGGGUAGAGUUGAUCCCACUCCGGAAAGCCACCGCUGCGGCAGUCCAGAAAGCGUUUCGGGAACGCAUACUCGGGCGAGUGGGCACUCCACGGAAGUUCGUGUGUGACAACGGAACCCAAUUCACAAGUCGGGCCCUAAAAGACUACUUUGCUAAGCUCGGCGUGGAAGUCCAGUACACGGCUCCGUAUUGUCCGCAGGAGAAUCCCACUGAGAGGACCAAUCGCACGGUGAAGACGCUGGUAUCUCAGCUGUCGGAAGGAGACCAGAGUACGUGGGAUAAUAUGUUGCCGGAGAUUUCCCGCGCUAUCAAUAGUAGCGUAUCGGACUCGACUGGGUAUACUCCCGCAUUUCUCACUCAGGGACGGGAGCUACGCUUGCCUGCGAUGCUGUAUGACGAACUCACCCCUGGAUCAGCGGUCGCGCAUACAGGUCCUGAAGACAAUGCGUCACACCUCCAAGGGAUCUUCGAAAUCGUGCGAUCGAACCUGCAACGAGCAUCUCUGGAGCAGGCGAGGCACUAUAACCUUCGGAGGCGCGAAUGGAGACCAACGCUCGGGAGCCAAGUAUGGCUGCGACAACAUCCCUUAUCAAAAGUGGCCGAGGAAUUCGCCGCCAAACUCGCUCCUAAGUAUGACGGUCCCUAUCCCGUCGCGAAGUUCACAUCUCCGAAGUUAGUACGUUUGCAGCGCCCAGGAGACCGUCGGCGGCGGAUCGCCAACAUAUCUCAGCUUAAACCCUACUACGCAGAGGACGCCCUCGACGCGAGCGACGACGACAUCACCGGGCCAAGUAACCCGGCACGAUUACUGUUUCAGAUGGACGACUUAAUCAUGCUGUCCGAUGACUCCCAAGACACCGAGGCCUUCUACCCACGGGCAAACGGCGGGGAUAGUCACGGAGAAGAAGAGGAGGAGGAGGUCCUCACCUCCGAAGGGGAAGGCGUUGGUAGUUCGAUGAGAACGGACGACGAUGCGUCCCAGGAUCCCAACGACUCAGCAAAACGCUGA